AUGGCGGCAGCGAAGCCAACCAUCAAUGCUCACAUACCGAAGACGGACAUUGUCACCCGCCAUAAGGUGAUCCGCUUCGGUACGACGAGAAAGGCUCCCACAGAGCAAGAAGCCAAGCUCUAUGCCUACCUCCACCAGCGGGCCGACCUCAAGGUUUCCAGGGGGAGCAUCCCUGUCGGCUUCUACUCAUGCAUGUUCCUCGACGAGGGUCAACCCCUGUACUUGGAGACCCGCUUCGGAGGCAUAGAUGAUGAUGGCGAGCCUGUGGGACCUCAAUAUCAGGUUAGCUGGAAAGCUGAGAAAGAGGUGAUCCCGCCCCUGGACAGCCUGAGCGACGGGUGGUACCGGGACUUGGAUGACCUCUGGAGCAAUGUCCUUUCAUACUUCGAGAAGCGUGGCAUCCUUAGCGAGGAGACGUUGGAGUACCUCGACGCGGACCCCUUCGUCCUUUUCGGAGUCGAUGACCCGCUCACGCAGCAGGCUCUCCUGAAGCUCGACAAGUUCCCGGCAUUGAUGUGCGACGGAGCUGUGCCGACACAGGAUGAAUGGGCCUACUACCUGCGAAUCGAGCCACGUGACACCCAGCUGGUGUGGCUCGUGCGAGCAAUGCAAGAGACGGAGCUGCCCAAGCCUUGGACGUGCUACAAAGGCAUUGGGAGCAUCGUCUGUUACCUUCGGUCUGACAGCGGACAGGUCACAUGGAAGCAUCCCUUCUACGACUAUUUCCGCCAGCUCCGGGACUUUUGCCGACAGGCAUCUCGUGACGAGGUGAUGCAGGUGCGCUGCAAUCGCCUCCUUUGGAGCUAUGAAGCGACUCGUGUCGAGACCGAGCAUGACCAGGAGCCCCUCAUAUCGCCGCCUUAUGUCGCGCGCAUGGCCGACAUUUUCGGUUUCGAUGUGAAGGUACAAGGCUGCGUGGUGCGAAACUGCAAAGCGCAGCUCAAGGCUUUCGCGAAAGCGUACCGGACGAAGCAAGACAUUGAUAUUGGUCUGAUCCGGGAAUGCAAUGAGAUGCUGCAGCGCGACGUGGCGAAGUGCCCGGGCGUGCUGGGUCAGGGACAGCUCAUGCCCCAUUUAGUCCCGAGAUGGGAGUUCUCCUCCACACACUCAAACCAGACAAACAGGAGGUAG